UAAAUACAAAAACUGUGUACACCAGCAGAAAAGACAGAAAUCGAGCUUUGAUCAUUAGCUACAAUGGCAGGGUAUUUGUUCCCGAUAUUACCCAGUGAUGAACUCAUCAUGUGGUUAUGUGAUGAACAUCAGCUGCAAGACAUCAGUGAGGAUGAUUUCAAAAACCCACAGCCCUAUCGUGUGCAGUUGAUCUACAAAACAAUUCUGGAAACCGAGAUGAAUUUGAGACAAGAAAAGCUGAUACAGCCUCAGUUUGAAGCGGCUCAACUACUGUCUCAUGCUGAGUUUUGUGAGGAAGCCAUUAUGCUAAGCAAUUUCUCAAUAGUCAUGGUUCAAUUCAUGAAUGCAUGUGAUGUCCAAGACUUUAAGCUGAAGGAUCUCACCUGCCCAAAACCGAAGAGGACCAUGCGAAUGUUGAGUGCCAUCGCUAAUUUUUGUCGCUUCAAGAAGAUGCGUAUGGAGACGUAUUAUAGAAUCAAAGAUGAGGUGGAUGGUGUAAAGGAACAACAUGAGCAAUAUCUAAGACUCAUCGAUGAACACAAGACACAGAUUAAUAACAUCAAGGCACUCAGAGCUGAGAAGGAAGUCUGCAUUCAGGAGAUGGCGGACAAGGUGGAGGGACUUGGAGCAAGAAUGAACGAGUACAAACAAGAUCAAGCCGUACAGCAACAAGACAUUCACAGAAUCAAGACCAGCUUCUCAGAGAAGUCCGCCAGAUUGGAGCAACUGAAAUUACACACCAUCGAGGGCAGAGAAUCCUGCAACAAGCUCCGACCGCAGAUCAUACAAUCCCCCGAGAGGAUCAAGACUGACAUGACACGGAUGCACAAUGCCAUAGCGGCUGGAAAGAAGGCUAAGGAGGACAGAGGUCACAGGCUACAUGAGUUGAAAGGUCAGAAGGAAAAGAGGAUGGAGACAUGCGAGGCAAGCGAGCAGGGAGUUAAGCUCAUCAUGGCUAUCAACAACGAACUUGAGAAGCAGAAAGAAUCAAAAAGUGAAGUAGAGAAGGUCCGAGAUCAUAUCCUGACCCAGAAGGACGCUCUGAGAGACCUGACUGCCAAGGAGGCUCAGCGGAAUCGUCAGCUGGAGACAAAACAAGAAAAAUUUGCCAAGGUGCAGCUUCAACAUCAGCACAGCAAAGAGGAUGUGAAAGAGAUCAUCAAGUCAAUGGAAAGCGAUUUGAAGAGUUGUUCCCAGAAGCAGCAGAAGAAGAUGGAACAAAUAUCGGCAGUUGACGAGAAGAAAGCUCAUGUCAGAGAACAGCUAGCUGAAGCGGAGAUGAUCCACGAUGCCAAGAUGGCGGAGGCCAGAGCCAGCUACUCAGACUUACUGCAGAGUAUUGACGCUUACCACAAGGACUUGGCCGUUGCUUUUGAGAAAUCCAAUCCUAAGGCAAUACUAGGUGCCCGCUAAGCUUUGAUGCUUUACUGCCUGUAUAUUGUAGUAUGUCAUUACUCCUUACUUACAAAGAUUUAAUGUAAAUAGUUAAUUUCGGAUUUGGUAAAGGUAACAGUACCAUUAGGAAUAACAUGUUUGUUUAUUUGUUUGUUUAAACCAACACUGAAAAUAACUCACAAAUAAUCACAAUAUUUCCUCAGUUAUUUUUUUAAUUUAUUUCACAUUCUUUCAGUAGGGCAGACUGAGAACAUUUUGAAGACAAGGGGAGUAAGCUGUUGCAAUUACAUGCACCUGUACACAUCUUACACACACCUGUACACAUCUUACACAUGUAAUGUACACACACACACUGUGUGGAUAUUCCUUUGUUCUGAAACUCCCAUUCGCCAACACCUAUAAUUUACACUGUGUGAAUAUUUGUAAGUCCACAUAGUGUUUCAAGUACACUGUACAUACAUUAUGUACAUGUAUACCUCGUUUGUUCUCAAGUCCACACACUCCGGGGUAGCAUUAAAAUAGUUAAGUCUGUGCACACAUGUUUGUAAAUCAAGGACUUUUGUUUUAAUUUACUAUAAAUGUCACCAAGAGCUGGGAUCGAUUUCACAAAGAGUUAGGACUAGUCCUAACUUAGGACAAAUCCUAAGAGAUAUCAAAAACAGACAGCU